UGGGAGAACUGACGACUUCAUCGCUCUAUGGUUCCUCGGGUUCGACACACUACCGGCAUUAUCCGCCAAAAGGCCCCUUUUAAUGGCGGCCGCAGCGCCCGAUGAGCUGCGGAUCACUGCCAGUUUCCAAGAGAUGCCCGUCGUAGGAGUCGGUGUAUCGCCGCCGGUUGCGGUGGCGGCUUGUAUGGUCAUGGCGCUCGGCUAUGUCCUGGUUCUCUACGUUCCAACGGCGGUCCUCCGUCUCUCUCCACCGGCGUCACUUGAAUCCUUCUUAAUCCGGAGGUUCAUCUGCGCCCUAGUCUUCUCCGCCAUUUCUGCUCUAGCUUCGGCUGCCCUCCUCGGGGUCGGGAGAGACAUGGACAUCUCUGUUAUGCUGAGCUUUUUCGGCAUUAGAAAAGACCACAUGUGGCAAGCCGUGGUGUUUCCUCUUUUGCUGGCUUCUCUAUUGUACGCUGGUUCUUUGGCGUCGAAGUUGCUGUUGGUUGUCUAUGCUCGAAGAGAACGUGAGGGUAAUUCUUGGCGAAAACCGGGUUUGUGCAAGAUUUUUUCAGUUGUUGUUCGAAGCUUGUUAGAAAAUGCAUUGGCCUCCGCUCACAAUGUGGUGGCUUGGCGUAAUUAUGUGGUGGCUCCAUUUACUGAGGAGUUGGUGUUCAGGGCGUGCAUGAUACCAUUGCUUCUUUGUAGUGGAUUUCGGAUUCAGACCAUCAUAUUUAUAGGUCCAGUUUCCUUUAGUUUAGCACACUUAAACCAUUUUAUGGAGCUUUAUUAUCCGAAGAGACGCAACUUUUUAAAAGCUUGCUCAAUCGUAGGUAUACAACUUGGAUAUACUGUGGUAUUUGGAUGGUAUGCAUCUUUUCUAUUUCUUCGAACAGGUAAUCUAAUAUCUGCGGUUGUUGCUCAUAUAGUUUGUAACGUGAUGGGCUUGCCAAUAGUGUUGUCUCCUAGGACCAGAGGGAUGUAUCUAAAGGUUGGUGUGCUUUGGCUGUAGCUGGGACGAGGUGGUGACCUUCUUACAAGGGUUGAGUUGUGCUCUGGUUAGAGCUUGUUCCCAAGAGAGUAUUUAUACCCGACCUUUUCUUCCCCGCACCCCUCGCUUCACUACAACUCCCCAUUCCUUGCUACAGUCGCUUUCUUUCCUGCAUUUCUCCUUUUUCCAGCCAUCUCCCUUCCACAAACCCUGUUGUCCUCCUUCUGAAUUAGCCCCAAACCCUCCUUGUUGAUUUCGACAGUCCACAGCCUUCUAGCCGCCCCAUAUCCGUUGUCAUCUUCGUUCCAACCGUCCACCCUCAACGCCCUUGCUGUCUCAGCCCUCUGCCGUCGCUACCGCAGCCCGCCACACCUCCCCUUGCUAUUUUCCUGCUGUCCAACCUGCCCCAAACAACAAACUGUCACUGUUUGGACUGCCAUCCCUUGCUGCCAUGUUGUUCCAGCCAACCAUAAUCACUGUCGCUCCUCAUCCACAGCCCGAAAACCUCUUCCCUACCUUGCAGCCACUUCGCCAAGCCCCCUAAUUGCACCACCAUCAGCCGGGAUCCGCACUAACUUGAGUUUGUGUGCCUAUGUGCUUGUGUUUAACUGUA